AUGGUGCCCAAGGCAACAUCAGGCGACUGGAGACCCUGUGGCGACAAUACUGCCCUCUACAGCGCUACCAUUCCUGAUCGUUACCCCGUGCCUCAUCUUCAGGACUUUGCUGGAGCCAUUUUCGGCAAAGCGGUUUUCUCGUAGAUUGAUCUGGUGCGUGCCUUUCAUCAGAUUCCAGUCGCCCCUGAGGACAUCGCUAAAACCGCCGUCACCACAGCCUUCGGUCUCUUUGAGUUCGUCCGCAUGCCGUUCGGUCUUCGUAAUGCCGCCCAAACGUUCCAGAGGUUCAUCGACCAUGUCUUACGUGGCCUACCCUUUGUGUACGCCUAUACUGAUGACCUCUUGGUGGCCAGCCGGAAUGAAGAAGAACACAAAGAUCACCUUGCCUUGGUGUUUGACCGCCUUGACAAGUUUGGCGUUGUCAUCAACCCCUCCAAGUGCGUGUUGGGUGUGCCUUCACUCGAGUUCCUUGGCCAUCAGGUUGACUCUGAAGUUUUGCGUCCCCUCCCCUCCAAGGUUGAAGCAGUUCGUAAUUUUCCUUCUCCAACUUCCAAGCGUCAGUAA